AUGGCUCUUCCGGUUAAGAAUUUGGGAAUACCGGGAGCAUUUGAGGCUACGUGUGGGAUUCAAGAACCAACAACAUGUGCUAAUAAUUUUGAGAUCAAGCCCGCCUUGAUCAAUUUGGUGCAAAGUCAUCCCUUUUGUGGGAAAAGCAAUGAGUCGCCUCACAAGCAUCUCAAGCAGUUUGAGCACUAUUGUGACACAAUAAAACACAACGGUGUGACCUCGGAUUAUGUGAGGUUGACUUUGUUCCGCUUCUCUUUGCUUGGGCGUGCUAGUGAUUGGCUUGACAAGGAGGUCAAGCCCAACUCACUUCGCACAUGGAACGAAGUAACUAGUGCCUUCUUGAACAAGUUCUAUUCUCAUGGGAAGACGGCGGAGUUCCGCCACAAGAUUCAAUCAUUUGAGCAAGGCCGUGAUGAAUCGCUUUUCGAGGCUUGGGACCGAUUCAAGGAGUACCAAAGGGAAUGCCCUCAUCAUGGGAUUCCCAAGUGGUUGUUGCUACAAAAAUUUUACUUAGGAUUGAGUCCAAGCUCGAAAACAAGUUUAGAUGCGGGCGCGGGAGGCCCCAUCAUGAACAAAACGGAAGAUCAAAUUGAGGAGAUAAUUGAAGAUGUAGUUGAAAACUACCAAUCUUGGCAUGUAGGUGAAAGAAGUUAUGAUGGGAAAAGUAGGAUUGAGGAUGGAAAGGGUUCGGUGUACGCCAUAGAGCAAGCACGGAUGAUUGAGAAGCUUAGCUCGCGAUUAGAGAAGCUUGAGAAUACACCAUUUGCGGGAAGUGCAGCAAGCAAGCCACCAUCUCCGUCCACAAUUCCAUCUCCUUCGGCCACUCUUCUCAAUAAGGGGAAGGGCAAGGUGAUUGAAAACCAAUUAGCUCAACUUGCUAGUACCAUUAGGGAACAUCAUGCGCUUACCAUUCUUCCACCCAAAAGUCAUACUCUAAGGCAAAUCAAUGCUAUAGUGACAAGGAGUGGAAAAAUCCUUGAUGACGUUCCUAGAGCUAAUAAGGUUUCUAAACCCAAUGGGGAAGAUCAAGAGGGAGUCAUUGGGUCGAGUGACAAUGAUGUGGUAGAAGAGGAGCCUCUCAUUAAUGAUGAAGGUGAUCCUACCACCCCCAAAGUGGCAACUCUUCUACCUCUCCCCACUCCUAAACUUCCCUAUCCCCAAAGAUUCAUAAGACACAAGUUGGAUGUGCAAUUCGCAAAAUUUCUAGAGGUCCUUCGGAAAUUGCAUAUCACUCUCCCCUUUACGGAUGCGUUAAAACAAAUGCCUACCUACUCACGAUUCCUUAAGAAAAUCUUGAGUGGGAAGCGAAAUUGUGACGUAAAGGAGACGGUGAAUCUCACCGAAAAUUGUAGUGCUAUUAUUCUUAACAAAAUGCCACCCAAACUCAAAGACCCGGGUAGUUUUACUAUCCCUUGUGCUAUCAAGGAGCUAGAAAUAAGCAAUGCCUUGUGUGAUUUGGGGGAUAGUGUUAGUCUAAUGCCCUAUUCGGUAUUCUCCAAGCUUGAAGUUGGUGAUCUUGUCCCAACCAACAUUACAUUGCAACUUGCCGACCGUUCGCUCAAAUAUCCUAUCGGCAAGAUUGAUGAUGUACCUUUGAGAGUUGGUGGACUUGUGAUCCCCGUUGAUUUCGUGGUCCUAGACAUUGAUGAGGACGUGCAUGUCCCUAUUAUUCUAGGCCGCCCAUUCUUAGCCACGGCGGGGGCUAUAAUUGAUGUCAAGCAAGGGAACAUUACCUUGAAAGUAGGAAUGGAUAGCUGUUCUUUGACUUGA